UGUAGUCCAAAACACCUUGCACACACCAGCUUUGGGAAGGUGGCUAGAAGGAGAAGCUAUUUGGCUCACUGGACAGGGUGAUAGCCACAUCUUGCUGCGGGACAAAGAUCCUCAGUCGCCCUUCCAAGAUAUGUUCUUCGAGGAACCAUGAGCAUUAAAGCUCGCUGACCCCAGGCGUUGGAACUUGCCCUACAUCGGGAACAAGGGACAGGGUUAGACUGUUUGAAGGAAGGAAGCACUGCCACAGCAGCAGCCGUCUUUGCCCCCAGAUGGAGGAGCAGGGCAAGGCCGACUCCAGAGUGUGGGACGGGGCUCCAGGGGAAGGGCAGAGACGCCCACAGAUGGUCCAGGAGGGGACCGUGAGGACCCUCCCGAGCAAGAACCCCCUGCCGCACAUUAAGCAGGACCCAGAGGAGGGGCUGCGGCAGCAGCAGCACUGGGAGGCCCAGUGGCAGGAGUUCCUGAAGAGUGUCCAGAGCCCGGAGCUGGAAUCGCAGCCCCCGCUUGCACCGGGGGAAGCGGCCAAAGGUGUCCAGGCCUCGCUCCGAGGAGCAGCCGACGCUGCCCACUGGUCGAGAGGAAGGUGGGUGACCCAGACCCUGCCGGGCCUUGGGGAAGAAGCCCAGAAGGCCUGCCCGAGCUGGGACUCCUUUGCGAAAGUGAAGGAGGAGCUCGCCAGCAGGGGCGCCGGCCUACGUGUGGAGGCACAGCGGCAGCGCUUCCGGCAGUUCUGCUACCAGGAGGCCAAAGGGCCCCGGGAGGUGUGCCACAAGCUCCGGGAGCUGUGCCGGCAGUGGCUGAAGCCGGAGCGGCACUCCAAGGAGCAGAUCCUGGAGCUGCUGGUUCUGGAGCAGUUCCUGGUCAUCCUGCCCCUGGAGAUGCAGAGCUGGGUCCGGGAGAGCAGUCCGGAGAGCUGCAGCCAAGCAGUGGUCCUGGCAGAGGGCUUCCUCCUGGGGCGGCGAGACGGCAAGAAAUGGGGACAAAAGGCUCCAGCCCCUUUCCUGGAGGUGCCUGCAAAUUCCUCCAAAGCAAACCUGGUUUCUUCGGAGACUCGGAACAAGCAGUUCUGCAAAUCAGCCAAGCUGGAGCAGAGCCAGGAAGGGAGCGCCCUAGUGGAAGACAGACAGGUGGGAGAGAGCAUUCACCACACAGAGAGUUCCAAUCAGGUGGAACCACACGAUGCCUCGAUGAGGAUAGGCUUAGUUUUCCAAAAUUAUGAACAGGGGGCCGUGCGGUUCGGUCAGCAGGGAACAGCCAGGAAGCCAAGGAAGGACCCGGAAAACAGGACGGGUGAAGCUGCUGCCUGCUGGGAAGGCGACUUCCAGGGGAGAGAAACCAAAGCCCAGGACUGUGAGAAACUGAACGCCGGUGAAGCCGGGGCCAGGCCAAGCAGGGGCCUGCUCAAGCACGAGCCGGUCGCUCCGGAGGAGAUGCUGCUCAGUUCCUUGGACUGUGGGGAAACGUUCGCUCAGAGCUCCAGCCUCAUCCCGCUGGAGCGGAGCCACACGGGGGACCGGCGGUUCAAGUGCUCCGAGUGCGGGAAGAGCUUCAAUCAGAAGCGGUACCUCACGGGCCACAAGAGGAUUCACAAGGGAGAGACCCCAUACAAAUGCUCGGACUGCGGGAGGAGCUUCAACCGGAAGUGGAAUCUCAUUGCGCACAAGCGGAUCCACUCGGGAGAGAACCCCUAUAAGUGCUCGGAUUGCGGGAAGACCUUUAGCCAGAAGGGGAACCUCAUGACCCACGUGCGCAUCCACACAGGAGAGAAGCCCUACAAGUGUGCGGAGUGUGGGAAACGGUUCAGCCAGCGAGCCGGCCUUACAUCACACAGGAAGAGCCAUAUAAAAAUCAACACUGUAGGGAAAGCUACUGUGGGUUACCUGAUUUUCUUAAACCUCAGUGAAUCCGCACAGGAGGGGAGCCCGGUAGAAGCUUAGGAAAGGGAAGGGAAGCUGUGGGCAAAGCUCCGAAGGUUUUUGUAUAAGAGAAAAUAUAGGAGAAACCCCUUAAAAUUUCUGACUGUAAUAAAAGCAGGGUGUGGCCAUUUAUUAUUAAGGAUGAGAAAGUCCCCAAGAGGUGGGGGAAGAUUAUCUGAUAUUUUGAUUGGUUGCAGGGCAGCAAAAGACAAGACCCAGUUGGCACAAAUAGCAGACGACAUGCCAGAAUAGUUCCCGGGCAAGGCUGCUUUGGAAUGAGGGAAGGAGCAGGUUGUUUUACUCAAAACAUGUGUUUUUGUUGGUUGGAUUGUUUGUUUGCGUUAAACCCCUUCCUAUAGAAGCCCAAAUGUUCCAUCUUAGACUGGAUUGCAUCAUUCAAAAUGCCCUGACAUUAAAA